AUGCUUAGUAGUCUUUCAGAUAGUGAGCUCUCUGAGCAACUUAGUCAAGUUUAUAAAAGCUUUUUACAAGGUGAUGAUGAAUACUCCUCUAAGAUUAAGCAAAUGGCAGUCGAAAAUAUAGAAUCUGGGCGUGUUCUUAUAGAAUUGAGUGACUUAAGAAAAAUAAGUGACGAACUUCCCCAAAAAAUCAUUAAUGAACCCUAUGUAUAUGUAUCUCCCUUUGAAGAAGUAAUUAAAGAUUUGGUUGAUCUUGAAAGAGAGAUUGAUAAAAAUUCCUCAUCAAAAUCUUCACUAUUCAAUGCAAGAGUCGGUUUUACUGGUUGGUUUGGUCGUAAUCACCUAACACCACGCGGUCUUACUGCAAGCAAUAUUAAUCAAAUGGUUUGUGUUGAAGGUAUAAUAUCACAAUGCUCUAUUGUUAAACCAAAAUUAGUUAAAUCAGUCCAUAUUUCUAAAGGUCAUUUAAUUGGGCAAAGCGACACUUCUGGCGGAGCAAAUCAAACUUUUGUCGAAGUAAGGGGACAUCGUGACAUUUCUUGUUUAAUAAGAGACCGUUAUAUUCAAAGUGGUGUUCCUUCAGAAGAUGGGCAAGGUAACAAAAUGGAGGUGGAAAUAGGGUUAUGUAGAUAUAAAGAUAGCCAAAAAAUGACAUUGCAGGAGUUGCCCGAAAUGAUACCUACUGGACAGCUACCUAGAAGUAUUGAAAUAGUAGCAGAAGAUGAUUUGGUUGAAACGAUUAAGCCAGGUGAUAGAGUCAAGAUUGUGGGAGUUUACAAGCCAAUUUCAAGAAGAGAAAACAACACAAUAACUGGAAUUUUUAAGGUUGUGAUAGUUGCAAACAAUAUUCAAUUAUUAAAUAAAAAUGUUACCUCUCCAGAGUUGACUCCUCAAGAAAUAAAAAUAAUGAAGGAAAUUUCUGCCAGAAAUGAUACUUUUGAGAUUUUGUCAAGAUCAUUUGCAUCUUCUCUUUGUGGGCAUGAAUACAUUAAAAAAGGCCUAUUGCUUGGAAUAUUAGGAGGUGAAGAACAUAAUCUUGAAAAUGGAACACAUAUCAGGGGCGAUAUACAUACACUGUUGAUAGGAGAGCCUUCUUGUGGUAAAUCUCAAUUGUUAAGAUUCGUUAUGUCAAUAGCUCCGCUUGCAAUUAGUACUACAGGAAGAGGCUGUUCAGGUGUGGGUUUAACUGCAGCGGUCACUCACGACCCUGACACAAAGGAGAGAAGAUUGGAAGCUGGAGCGACAGUAUUAGCAGACAGAGGAAUAGUAUGUAUUGAUGAAUUUGAUAAAAUGAGUUUCUCAGAUAGAGUUGCAAUUCAUGAAGUUAUGGAACAACAAAGAGUUACAAUCGCCAAAGCAGGAAUACAGGCAUCUCUGAAUGCAAGAUGUUCUAUUUUUGCAGCUGCAAACCCAGUAUAUGGGCACUUUGAUGAUUCCAUGGAGCUCAGCAGACAGAUCGCUUUUCCUGAUUCCUUGCUUUCAAGGUUUGAUUUAAUAUUUAUUGUGAAGGAUUCCAGAAAUUCACAGCAGGAUCGGAAAAUUGCUUCGCAAGUUCUUUCGCAAGUUCGAUAUAACAAAAAUUCAACGCAAGACUCAAAGAUAAAUAAGACAAAUAGUGGUUUCGUCAUACAACCAGAGUACAAAGAUAAUGACGAAAAUGAGAUAAAUGAGUUAAACGACAUUUGGCAAGUUCCAUCAAAUAAAAUAACAGAUAAAAAAUCUCAAAAGAACAAUUUGAAAGGCCAAACUGAAGAUAAAGUAUUAACAACCUCAUUCUUAAGGAAAUAUAUUCAUUACUGUAAAUAUGUAAGAAACAUACCUAAGCUAACUGAUGAUUCAGCUGAGUUAGUGGCCCGAAUUUUUACAGAGCUGAGGGCUAAGUGCAUUAAUCAAUACAGAGGUGGUACUACUUGCACAACCCGUACACUUGAGGGAAUAAUUAGAUUAGCAACAGCACACUCUAAACUAAAAAUGAGAGAUUCUGUAAUUCCCGAAGAUGUGUUGAUUGCAUUCGAAUUGCUCAACUAUGCAAUGUUCGGAGAGAUGAUUGAAAGAGAGAAUUUGCUUAAUGAUAUAUUUGAGAAAGACGCUGAUACCGAAAUAAUGCAGGAAGAUAACUCCAGAAACAAAAGGAGAGAAGAAAAAAAGUGUCAAAGAUCCAAGACUAAUCCAAGCAAAAACCCAGAAUUAAGUGUUCUUGAAGAAAAUGAUCAUAAUAUUGUUGCUCCUCCUCCAAGUUCGAUUGUCACUCCCAGUAGAGAGAAAAUUAAUUGCAAGGAGUCCGCUGCUCGUGGCCACCAAGUUGCUCUUGCUGCCGCAAAUAUCCUUAGAGAAGGAAACGACAUCAAUAAUGAAGAUUUAGAAUUAGUUGGUAUCAAGAAGAAAUUCAUUAUUUCAUGUAUUGCAGAACAAUUUUCUGAAUCAGGCCUUGAAGCGAUGCUUCAGGAAGAAUUAUUUAACAUUAUCAUCUCAAAAGCGAAAGAACAAGGGAAUAAUUUCGUGAUUACUUAUGAAGAGAUAAAAGAAGUUGUGGGGAUCUUAGAAGAAGAAAAUAAACUUAUGAUUGAUGGAGACACUAUAUACUCAAUUGUUUAG